UUUUGAUUCUGAGUCAUAUGUUCUGUUAAGGAUGCUAUUCUUCUGAGUUAAGGAGGUAAUUUCAAAAAGAAUGGGUGAAAUUGGUUGUAACAUUAAAGAUAGCAGUUGCUUAUGCUGGAAGAAUGAUACUUAGUUCUGUCUAGUGCCCACUAACAACUGUUCUACGAAAAAGCUAGAAAAUAAUGACAUGAUAUGGAAUGGAGAUGUCUAAUAACUUAAACAAAACAGUAAAAGCAAAGGUUUCAUUCUAACAAGAUAACGAGAGGGAAGAACAUCUUAAGCUGGGCAUAUUCGAGCUCAGUGGGCAUCCUAUUGUCCGCCAGACAAACAUUUAGAACUGUUUAACUGAGUACUUUAUAACUGUAUCAAAGUUAAGUUCUGACAAACUAUUACAUUACUCUGGUACUAAUCUUCUACGUUGAUUGUGCAUCAACCAUACUUUUGAACAGAUUAGAUACUGACGUGUGAAACCACGUCUAUAAAUCCACAAAUUGAUUAAACCCACACCAAACACACAAUUGAAGUGAUCUAUAACCAGUGUUACUUGAAUUCCUCUCUCCCCCUCAUGGCUUCCACAUCCAACAUUGGAAUAGAUGAGCGAGAUAGGGAACUAUACAAAGCACUAAUUGAUGAAGACAAGGAAAGGGUGCUUAAACUUUGCAAGCAAUUUGAAGAAGGUCCAUUUCAUGUGGUAACCAUACACAACGACACUGUCCUCCACGUGGCCACAUACUCUAAGCAAGCUCACUUAGUUCUUCAAUUGCUUGAAACGGUUUCCGAUGAUCAACUUGACAAGUUGACCUUUCAAAACAAAAUUGGGAACACCAUCCUUCACGAGGCUUCCACUUCAGACGGUUUAGUCGAGGCUGCCAAGAAAAUGCUAAUCAAGGCACCCGGUUUGUUGUAUAAGCGCAACCAAUAUGAUGUAACGCCACUUUAUCGAUCUGUUUGCUAUGGCAAGAUUGAGAUGUUCAAGUUUCUGCAUAACGAAAUUCAAAAACGAAAGCACAUAAUUGGGGGGGAUGUAGAAGCGGAUAGCGAGGACCACUUUCAGCAGAAGAAUAAGACCACUAUACUUCACACCGCUGUUGUCAUAGAGAGUUUUGAUCUAGCCCUUUUGAUUGCAAAGAAGUAUGAAUACCUAAUCAAUAAAAAAGACAAAGAUGAGAUGACUGCUCUUCAACUUCUUGCAUGCAAUUCAUCGGCUUUCGAAAGCAAGGGUGGAGGAUGGGCUAAGCGUCUCAUCUGCUCUAAAGUUGCAGGCUACUGGGGAGUGCCUUUGAGGCAAGAAAAAUGGAAGCAGAACCAAAGAUACGAAUCGGCCUUGACGCUUGCCAAGUUCUUAAUAAAGAAAGAUACAUCAUGGAUAGCUACCAAAGCCGUGGAAGAUUGGAAUCAGACUAAGUACCACACAUAUGGAGGAGUUGAUCCCUCCUCCUUCUCCCCUGAGCAGAAGAUAAAGAACAAUCAGAAACAAGCAACAACACCAUUGUUUUUGGCGACUAAGUUUGGUUGUGUGGAGAUUGUUAAAGAAAUACUCUCAGAGUACCCCUGGGCAGUUGAAUACAUUGAUCACGAUGGGUGUACUAUUCUUCAUAGAGCAAUAAAGUACCGUGAAAUGCAAAUAUUAGAAAUUGUGGCGCAAAUGGGGGUUCCGAUGCGGAGGCUGGUGCGAAAGGUUGACCGAUAUAACAACACCAUUCUACAUAUGGAUGGAGAAAAAACAGAUGAUCCUGUGGUUCCUGUGGUGCAAAGUCCUGCUUUCCAAUUGCAAGACAACUUGCUCUUGUUUGAGCGUGUGAGGGAAAUAUGCCCUGACUAUUUACUAAACACAAUCAACAUGGACAAGAAGACUGCUCAACAGCUAUUUGAUGCGGAAAAUCAAGAUCUUCGUGAAAAGGCCAAAGAAUGGCUUAAGCGUACGGCAGAAAACAGCUCCCUUGUCGCCAUUCUCAUUGCCACUGUGGCCUUUGCCGCAGCCUACACAAUACCGGGAGGGCCCAACCAAAGCACUGGUCUCCCAAUCCUCCUCAACCAACCUUUCUUUGUUGUUUUUACCAUGACCGAUGUCCUUUCCCUAACAUUUGCUUUGACAUCAGUGAUCAUAUUCCUUCGAAUCCUCACAUCCCCGUUUCGCUUAAAUGACUUCAAGCAGUCUCUUCCACAAAUCCUUAUGCUAGGUUUAACUUUUCCGAUCUUAUCGGUAUCUAUGAUGAUGUUUGCGUUUGCCGCAACUGUAAUCCUUAUGAUACGUCACAGGGGACAGUGGACAAAAGUUGCCUUGUACACUGCGUCAUUCCUCCCAGUCACCAUCUUCGCACUGUCGUACUUGCCUCUUUAUUUGUCCCUCAUGAAAACCGUCAAUUACUCACUCAAGAAAGUGGUCAUGAUCUUUCCCCGUUGCACUGGUGCUUCUGUUCUAUCUUGUGCCAAAUCAUUCUUACCCAAGAGGUCCAGGCCAAAUCAAAUUGAAACUCCUCUUUCCACUUGCCCUCCCAAAUCUCAAGCCUGCCCUAAUCUAGUUGAAAUUGUCUAGUUCUGAGAUUGUUAGAGAUUUCUCUUUUCUGAACUCCCCACUUAUGAAGAUAUAGUAUAAAGAUUGUAACUUAUUAGAAUAGCAGGAAUGAUGGUGUGCUUCAAUUUGAAAAAGCUCCUCCACUGUUUUGUUAUAAUGGACUUUGGUUUUGGGUUAAUAUAGCAAAAA